UAUAAGUAGGUGAUCUUCUUUGGAAAGAAAGGGCUCAGAGGAAGUAAAAGAAAAUUUGGUAGAGCAGCUUUUGAAGCCUUUCCUCUUUCCCUUUCUUCGUUAGAAGAGGUACUAAGAAACUAAGAAUGGGAGUUGGAGCAACUUUGGAAUACAUCUCAGAUUUGAUAAGCAGUGCUCAUAAACACAAGAAGAAGAAGCAGUUCCAGACUGUGAACCUCAAAGUCAGGAUGGACUGUGAUGGGUGCGAGCUUAAAGUCAAGAAAACUUUGUUUUCAUUAAGUGGAGUUAAAAAUGUGGAAAUAAACAGGAAACAGCAGAAGGUAACUGUAACAGGGUAUGUGGAGGCAAGCAAAGUGUUGAAGAAAGCUAAAUCAACAGGAAAAAAGGCUGAGAUUUGGCCCUAUGUCCCUUAUAACUUGGUGGCUCAGCCUUAUGCUGCUCAAGCUUAUGACAAGAAAGCACCUCCUGGCUUUGUCAGAAAGGUAGAGAAUCCUACAGGUGGUAUUGUGACCAGAUAUGAGGACCCCUACAUCACAAUGUUCAGUGAUGACAACCCCAAUGCCUGCUCUGUUAUGUAGUUUAUGAAAAUACUACUUCUGCCUAAAUCUAUUCUCUCUCUCUCUAAACUUUUGUGAUCCUUUUUUUUCCUCCUCCGAAACCGUUUGAUCAGGGUACUUUGGAAACCUUUGUAGUAUGUUGUGAGUAGUUUUGGUGGAAUUAAUAGAGCUGUAGAAUAAUCUUUGGGUAUUGUCCGAAAUAGAAUGAAUUGUUAUGAGAAAUCAGCAAGUUGCC